AUGGGCGGAGAGAUUAUCACUUUGCAAGCGGGCCAAUGCGGGAACCAUGUUGGUAAAUUUCUCUGGUCUCAAUUGGCGAAAGAACAUGCCAUAGGCACUGAUGGACUAUCUAAACUUCCUGAUUCCAGUACAGAAAGAGAUGAUGAUACAAAACCUUUCUUCCGCGAAAAUGGUAGAAAUAAAUUCACUCCAAGAGCGAUUAUGAUGGAUUCAGAGCCCAGUGUCAUUGCCGACGUGGAGAACACAUUUCGUGGAUUUUUCGAUCCGAGAAACACCUGGGUGGCUUCUGACGGCGCUAGUGCCGGCAAUUCUUGGGCUAAUGGGUACGAUAUAGGAACGCGGAAUCAGGACGACAUUCUGAACAAGAUCGACAAGGAGAUUGAUUCUACUGACAAUUUCGAGGGCUUCCAGUUGUUACACUCUGUGGCGGGUGGGACAGGCUCUGGACUAGGUUCCAAUCUCUUAGAGGCACUGUGUGAUCGAUAUCCUAAGAAAAUACUGACGACAUAUUCUGUGUUCCCUGCACGGUCGUCUGAGGUUGUUGUUCAAUCAUAUAACACCAUUUUGGCCUUAAGGAGACUGAUAGAGGAUAGUGAUGCAACUGUGGUGUUUGAUAAUGCUUCGUUGCUGAAUAUAUCUAGUAAAGUAUUCAGGAACCCGAACAUCGAUUUACAACAUACGAAUCAAUUGAUAUCGACAAUUAUAUCUUCAGUAACGAACAGUAUACGGUUUCCCAGUUACAUGUAUUCAUCCAUACCCAGUAUCUAUUCCACGUUGAUUCCUUCUCCCGAGCUUCAUUUCCUAAGUCCUAGUUUCACACCAUUUACAUCGGAUUAUAUUCAUGACGAUAUAGCGCAUAAGGGCCACUCGAGCUACGACGUCAUGUUAGAUUUAUUGGACCCAUCUAAUUCGCUUGUCUCUACCGCGAUGAAUAACCCAACGUAUUUCAAUGUAUAUAACACAAUAAUUGGUAAUGUGGAGCCUCGUCAGAUAUCGCGUGCCAUGACUAAAUUACAGCAGCGUCUUAAAUUUCCCUCAUGGUCUUCUUCGGCCAUGCACGUUAACAUCGGAAGAAGAUCACCAUACCUACCCUCACAACCUAAUGACAAUGAAGUUACUGGUAUGAUGCUAAGCAAUAUAUCUACUGUAGUGAACGUCUUUGAGAAUGCCUGCAACACCUUCGAUAAAGUCUUCGCCAAGGGUGCGUUUCUGAAUAAUUAUAAUGUAGGUGAUUUGUUUCAAUCUAUGCAAAACGUUCAGGAUGAAUUUGUCGAAUCAAGGGAAGUGGUGCAGAGCCUUAUGGAAGAUUAUGUGGCCGCAGAACAAGAUUCAUACUUGGACGACGUACUUGUUGAUGAUGAAAACAUGGUCGGCGAGCUGGAAGAGGACAUGGAUGCCGACGGUGAUCGUAACAUAAUAUAG